CCCAAUAACGAUUUAUGGAAAUUCCCAAGCGGAAUUUCGUUGUGGGUGGUACCUUCAGUAAUCAGCACCAAUGGCGUCGACCAACAAGGCCGGAUUAGCCCAUGAUUCGUUGUCCACGACAAGUUGAUUUCCAUAGCCAAUCACCAAGAAAAGGGUACCUAUUGGACCCAAAAGCCCCUAUGAUCAUGUAGUCAGUACCGUCCAAAUGUCCAAGUUCUUACUGUUGCAAGAGGCAGAGUAUUGAGUAACCGCUAUGGAUCAGCAAAUUCAGGUUACAGCAAUGCAACCAUCAGGAGAUGGACAGCAACAGCAACAACAGCAGCAGCAGCAACAACAACAACAACAGCAACAACAGCAGCAGCAGCAACAACAACAACAACAACAACAACUUGUGAUGCAGGCACAGGGGCUACCUCUUCAAUGGCUCCAAGGAAACCAGUUUCCCAUACAGGGACAACCACAGAUCAUACAAAUAGGACAGAAUCAAAUGUUACAAGGACAGCAGAUUUUGCUUCAAGCAUUCUCCCAAGGUCAGCUGCUCCAAGGUCAACAGCUUCAAGUUCAAGGUCAAAAUGGCCAAUUUUCACAAGUACCACAGUUUCAGCUGCUGGCUCCUGGUGGACAACAAAUCCAAAAUUCUUUACAAGCCCAACAACAGAUAUUUCAACAAGCUGCUGGUCAAGGUACUGGUCAGAUAAUGGCAUUUCAAGGUCAGCCAGGGCAGAUUAUAGGUCAGCAGCAGUUUGGAGGUCAACUGGUGCAGACUCAGGAUGGACAAACCAUACUGUACCAGCCUCAGCAACAGCAGAUUCUGCAGGCAGGGGCAGACGACUCCGCCAAUAAUCAACUACAACUUUCGCAAGUACAACAACAGUCCCAAGCCACCACCCCCUCCGUCCAAUCUGUCUCACCUCAGGCAGCUAAUCUUCAACAAAUGCUGCAGGCGGGGAUCAUACAGGGUAACGGUCAGAUUAUUCAGGGGGGAAUCCCACAGAUGGCACAGCUACAGCAGAAUGGGGCCACACAGCUAGUACAGAACUCAAUACCACAGAGUAGUUCGCCUCAGAUGCUGCAGGCUGGUGGAAUGCCACAGGCCAGUGCCGCACAAAUCUUACAGACAGCACUACAGCAAAACAGCAUAGGUGGUCAGAUGUUACAGUCUGGGGGACAGGUGUUACAGACGGGAAUGCCACAAACCACAUCGCCAAGUGGCAUACAGCAGUCGUCAGGGGAGACCAACAGCCAGGAAGCCACAGUGGCACAGAUGUUACAGCAAGGCUUACAGCAAACCAACGGACAGAUUGUACAGACGACGAACGGAACAACAGUGCCACAAGUCCUACAAGGCCUACAGGCCCGUGGCAUGCUGCAGAUGGGUGCUAACAGUAACCAGCAGAUCAUGGUUUUGAAUGGGAAUACACUACAACGGAUGCCUAUACAAACACAACAAGUUGCCUCUGAUGAAGAGCCACUGUACGUCAAUGCUAAACAAUACAACCGCAUCCUCAAACGGAGACAGGCUCGAGCCAAGUUAGAGGCUAGUGGCAAAAUCCCUAAACAGCGACGGAAAUAUCUACAUGAAUCUCGACACAAACAUGCCAUGAACAGGAGUCGCGGUGAUGGUGGUCGCUUCUAUUCUCUGAUAAAACAAGAACCUGAUGAUUCGCAGGAAUUUAAACAAGAACCUGUGGACUAUCCUGAUGAUGCACAUGAUAUGGCAGAUUUCCUCGGGCUACGGACAAAUCAUCACCGACCAGUGGCAAUCGCAGCGAAACAAGGACCCUGAUCAAAUGAGCCAUUACACUUAAAAAAUUAAAAACUAACACUAGCUAUAGGUGUGCUUAGCAAUCAACUGGCUGGACCAGUUGACCAUACUAGUCCAAAACACUUGCUCACCAUUAGGCUGGCUGGACCGGUCAAGGAUCAGACCCAGAAAACCUGGUUUCGUGAAUGGUACAGAGAGACAAGUUGGCUUUCCUUAUGUAUGGCUGUACCAGUACGACUGGUUUGUUCUAUUAAAAGAACAUGAAAAGCUGUGGUACCAGCUCACCAACCUGUGCAAUGGCCAUAUAGCAUACAUAGUACUUAGGUGUGACCAGUCUUAAGGAAAGGAGGCCUUCAAGUAUUGUUAUGAUGACCAUUGGAUAUUGAUCACUGAAAGAAACACCAAGCAAUUAAUUUAUUAAUUGGACAAUUUGCUGAAGUAAUAAAUGUGAUUGGUCGCUAUUUGGAACUGGAUUUCAGUAUUUACAGAAUACUUUUCGUACGCUGGUUGACAUCACAAAGAAGAGACAGGGUCGUGUACUGUGGAAAUUGUCAGUAACCAAGUUAUGUCUUCGCACAGUUCAGAUCGGUCCCGUCAGGGGCACUCACACAAAAAGUCUCGUAUUCAUGAAUUAUUCAUUUAUCAUAUCCAGUCAUCUGAUUGGUUCUGUAGAAAAUGCCUACAGAAAAUCUUACCAAUCAGAAACAUUGUUCUGUAUGUUCUGUGGUUUGUUUGACAAGAUGGCAGAUAGCAAAGAAUGCCGACACAUGGGUGCAGCCAUCUUGGUGUUGUACUGUUUCUAUUUUCCAGGCAAAGAAAUAGGAAGCAUUUUUUGGGUUGAUAAUAUAUGAAUAUUCAUGUCAAAUUGAAGGUUUCCAAGCCAGUGCUUCCAUGGGUCAAACAAGUGAAAGGUGUAGAAGACUCUGUGGGGACCGACAGUGUUGAAAACUCUUCAGGUGAAUGUCCGACAUUUACCGUUAAACAACAUUACUGACUGCAUUUAUUGAGAAACAAUAUGUGUGGAUGUUAUCACUAUGCAACACUGAUGCAUACAUGCAAUUGAGAUAGUGUUGGAAAUGAUAGAAUAGAUUUAAAACAUUUUUAAGAGGAAAUGUCAUUCAUAUUUCUGACAUUGAUGUUUUUGCUGGACAAUGCAGACGCCUGCAUGCCUUGUUUAUGAAGUACUAUUGUGAAGUGUUAUUAGAGCUUUUCAUGAUCGUUUAAAGUAUCAAUUGUUGACCUGUGCAUUUAAAAAUGAUUUAUUAUAAAAUAAUCCAGUCCAUGAAAAAGCAAAAAGCAGAUACAUGAUUUUUUUUUCUAAUAAAAUAUCUGCAAUGCUGACCAGAUAUAAUCAUUUGAAUAGACUGGCAAUUUGCCUUUACAUGUAUGAAAGUGUUCAGUAUUAAAACUGAAUUCAGUAUUUUGGAAAUAUUUUCCCCAAUGUAUGCCUAUGUUAAAUUUUACAAAACCAGCUACAUUAUGUAUUUCAGUAUUCCAGGAACCGGGAUACUUUCACCCGUGCCGUUAUCAUACACUGCCAUGUUCUAUAAUAAAGAAAAGGAAUUUCUCCAAAUAAUGAGCAAAUAAGAUAUUACAGAUUUAGAUACAUACCUGAUUUUAAGAUGAAAUUUUGUACACAAAACUGUACAGUCAUCAUUGUUAUUGUGUAUAACACGGUAAUCUUCUAUACUGGUAAGAUUUAUUGGUUUUUUCCCCAAAAGGGACUUACAUUUUUAGACGAAAGUCUAUCUGAAGACAUAUGUUUUAAUAGUUAAAUUUUGAGAAAAGCAAAAAACAAAAUUUACAAACUAUUUUCUUGUAUAGCAUAAUAGGAAGUACAGUCUCCGAAAUGAAGAUUUUGAUCUGGAUAAAUUAUGCUGUUAAAAUGUUGAAAGGAGAAAUUUCCUACACAUUUUUAAAGUAUGUACAUACAAGAAUUUAAUGACUGACUAUACAUAUUUUACUGUAAUUGUAUAAAUUACUUUUGCCUUCAAUAAUUUUAACUGAUGUCCUAAAAUGAACCCAAAAGCAUUUUUACAUUGAAAAGUUUUAAACAUUUUUAUCUUUUUGUGGAAGCUAGCUCUGAAGUCUUCAUUGACAAAUCUGACAUUCUAACAAAUCUGACAUCUUAGAUUUACGACAUUUAACGUGAUAAUUCGUAAUUUUACUUUUAAACUGCAACAAAAUUUUGCAGGCCAUUUAAAGCAAUAUUUUUAACGGUAGAGCAAAAAUUUUAAAAUAAAUACAUAAAUAUUUAAUAUAAAGAUUUUGAGGCCUGACUCAAAGUGAAGUGAGGCAAGGGAGGUAAGUCUUGUUUUAGAACCUAUUUUAUAUCGAGAAAAGUCAAAAAGUGGUUUUAAAAGUCAAACACUAUGUUUGCAUUAUUUUGUAUAUGUGUAUGAAAGUAUGUAAACAUAUAUGUAUAUAAUGAUCAUAAUUUGUGAUAUUUAUUUUAAUGUACAUGUAAUUUGUAACUUUUGUGAAAUGUCUUUUUCACUCUUCUGAAAUCCAUUACGUACUGAGGUUUAGUGCUCAAUUGUGAGAUCUUCUGUAAAAUCUAUCAUAGCUGUAUUACUACAGAUUGUGAUUGGUUACUUAAAAACGAGAACAUAUCAUCUUCAAAGACUGUUGGGAAUGAAAGAUUGGUAAUAAAUAGUUUAUCUUUCUUGUGGUAAGUUUCAACUCUUUGGCAAUAGGAAAAUGCUUUCAAAAAUUUUAUAGGAAAAUCUUAAUCCUGAGAAAUUAAAUAGAUCUAUUUUAAUUUCUCAGUAUUAUGAUUUUCCUAUAAAAUUUGUCAGGAAUUUUUGAAAGCAUUUUCCUAGAUAUACAAAAAAAAAUGUACAUUUAAAAAUGAAGAAUGUAUAAUCAUGCCCUUUCUCUCUGAUCUGAAUAGGUACUGUAUAUUUGUUAAAUUUCACGUGGCUAAUAUUUUGCGGUUGUCAGAGUCGAAAGUACUGUAAACAUAUAUAUUUAUGUGGUAAUCUUAUUUUAGCCUUUUUGCGCCAGAAAUCAUGAUUGCGCUAAAUGCACUUUCUAUAUCACGUUUCUAUAUCAAAUGAUUUUGAUGCACCAAUUCAUCAAUGUGGUACUCUGUUAGGAAAUUCGCUGAGAUUAGAGUACACCAAGUAAUGUAGUUUACAGUAGUCGGACGGCGGAGGGUAUUUAUUUUCGUACAGCACACCUUGUAAACAUUCUGCGUUUAACACUUAUAUACAGUUGUGUGUAUACUGUAUAUAGAUAUUCAUGGAGUGUUUAUUUUUGUGCUAUACUUAAUGACUGCAAAUGUGUGUGGAGCAAAAUGCAACUCCCUGCGAAUAAUACGAUACCCUGGUCCCAACUUUACAGUAAUUCAAUCUUUUAUGAAUGAAUGGUGUUUGUUUCCACAACUAUCUAUAGAUGAAAAUUUCCAUGCCCGGUGAAAAUUCAAAAGAGUUCGUAUAAUCUUAUCUUUAUUGCCUUUAUGCUUUCACUUAUAAAUGAAGCUCAAUUUCUGUUAAAUGAAUAUUGUAAUUAUAGUACUUAGUAAUCGCUAAUUAGUGGCUAUGAUUUAGGCAAUCCAUUUUAUGGAAAUUUUGCUAUGUACUUAAAACUUCGCAAGUGAGAAAAUGCUGCCAAUUAUAAGAUCACUGUAUCGUUAUAGGGUAAGGUAUUUUGACAUACCGUAACUGCAAACCAUCAUGAAUGUUUCAAGGUGUAUUUUUCUACCUUAAAUAUACCCUUAUUCAGCCCUUAAUGGGGUCAGUGAUAGGCUUAGGACUAAUCUGGUGUAGGAUUUAGUCAUGUGACUCUAGGAUUAACCUUAGGUCAUGUGACUGAAUCACAUCUGUAAUAAUGUUAAUGCUGCUGUGUUGUUAUGAGAGCACUCAAUUGUUUCGUUCGUGUAAAAUAUACUGUACAAAAAAUUUUUAGUCAUGAAUAUGAUUUUAAGGUUUUUGCUUUAAUUUCAUUGCCAUGAAUAUGAGAUGAGAAAUAGAAUCUUGCACUCCUUUCUGUGUCACAUUUAAUUUAUUGAACUUAUUCAGUAAAUGUAUUAUGACAUGGAUCGGUUUAAGAUCCUCAAUAUUUUAAAUGUACGCCUCACCUUCAGACAAUGUUGACUACCAUUGUUGAUUUUGUACUACACUUGGAUCAUCAGAUCGUAGUUGUGUUGAUGGGGUCAGGCCUAAGAUUCUCAGAGAACUGGGCACAUUUUUAGCUUAAAAAAUCUGGAUUCUCAGUACUUUUAUCUUUAUAAAAAUGUACAGCCUUUUUCAGAGUUUAAUGUUAAGCAAGGUUUUUAAUUUUUCCUAUAACAAGUUUCAAACAUUCAUGUUUCUGCUUAUAAGUCUAUUUUUGCCAUUAUUUAUGAAAUGUAUUCGUCAGUGAUGUUCGCCUUGGAAUAUGAAACAUAAUAUUUUGUAUUUCACAAAAAGAUCAAAGAAAUGUAUUGUUUGCUUGUUUACAGUAUUGAUGUUGUCUUUGUUUUGUCAUAGUAAACAAAACUGUUGUUUUUGUAUUUAUUUUUAUGUUAUGAGGUGUAAUUUUUAUACAGUAUCUUGAUCCUUUAUAUUUACAUAAGUAAAUAUAAGAAUGUUUUAUACUUAAUCACAACUUUUAAAUGACACUAAAUUUUAUUUUGUCAUGUCUGUUUAAUUCAAGUACAUAUUGGACAUGUUCAUGUCUGACAUUGGAGUCUCAAUGCAAAGCACUACAUGCAAAUAUUUGCCAUCAUCUCUGUCAAAACCAUUGGUUGUCUUUUUAUUUCUCUUUUUUUCUUCUUUUUUUUUCAUAAUUGUUAUUGUUAUUUUUUUUUCAAAUAUGAUAGAUCUUAUGACAGCUUUUGAAUAGGUAACAGGAAACUUAAUCUUGAUUCAGAUCUUAUUCUUUAAUUUAAGUGUAUUGAUUCCCAUUUUCACUAGACACAAACCAAGCGAUGAAUUUCGUUACUGUCUGUGAGCAGGUCAUUAAUGCCCCACAUGUUAUAUGCCUUUCACUAGCCAGCAAGCCUUACCUGUCAUAGGCCUAAGUGAAACUAACAAGAUGAAUAAGGGCUCCAUAUAUCAUGGGGUUAUCAAAACAGGUUCCCCAAAAUCAGGAGAAUACCCUUUUUUUAAUCAAUACGAUCAGGGCAUUGAGUCUGAAAAAAAACCCCGACUAAAUUGGAAAAGAUGGCAAGUAUGGUGAACACAUAUUUCAAAUCAUUGAAUGAGUUUGAAUAUGUGAUAAUUCACCAAAAUGUCUGAUAGUGUGAGAGGCUCGUUUUUGGUGAUUAAGACCAUAUAAACUACAAACUUAAUGAAAUAUACAGUACAGUACUUAAAGAUGUCACAUCACUAUGAUAACAUUUUUAUCAUCAUUCAAGUUUUUCCUAAUAUUUUCAGAAUCUCAGCCAAGUUCAUCUUUGCUCACCUUAUUAAGUGCAAAUUCACCAUUUUUAUCCAGAAAUGUAGAAAACAUCUAAUGAUGACGAUUAUUGUAUGUUACAAUCGCUAAUAUAUCACUUAAAACAUAAGUGUGUGAAAAAAAGUCUUAAUUUAUCUGGAUCCUAUCAGCAAUUACUUGCCAAUGUAUAUUUACCAACCAGACUAUGCAUUUCCCUCUUUUCUGAUAUAAUGGAGGCUUUGAUAUUUGGGAAACAAAUAGUAUUUUGUCCCUCCAAAUUGUAUCUAACCCCUGUGUCCUCAUGUUCAGUACAAGCCCCUGUGUUAGAAAUUCAGAUUUCAUUAUUAAAUAAUGUUUGUUAUUUUUGCAACCAUAAUUGUGUUUACAACUCAAACCAUGAAAAUGUUUAUCAUUUAUGGAAAAUCAUGAUAAAAUUUAUCAUGGUAUAUGUUACAGAGUGAAUUUGUCAAUUUAAAGCUGAUAAUUGUAAUCCAAUUCGCCAUUUAUCAGAUCAGAAUUUAAAACAAAAAAGUGAAAAUUAUAUUUUUACAAUUUUAAAUCUGAUAAUUCUAAUGUUUGAUGCAAAGUAUCCUCACAAUUACAUGCAAUGGUACAUGUAAGGGAGAAGAUCAAAUUCAUGAAGUCCUGAUAAUUAAGAUGAAUUUAGGGAAAAGGACAUGCACCAACACUCCUGUAGUCCUUCCAUACAAAAUCUUAGUUUACUGAAUGAGGAAGGGGAGGCAACUGUUGUUCGCUUCCUUCAAAUAAAGUGAGUGAGGGAGGAGUCAAUUCAGGCAUUCAAUGUACCGGAGUACUUUUUAUAUACAACCUUUGGAAACCUUUGAUACUUUAUUGCAUUUUACAUUCAAAGAACCUUACAUCAAUUGUGAACUUAACGGUACAGUGCUGGUAUUCGAGUGGUAUAAAACUGAGAAUAGAUCAGGGUAUUAUGUGACUUCGCAGAUCUGGACAUCAAAGGUCUAGAUUAUCGUGAUAUAUUAAUGUUUCCAAUAGCGAGAAGUAUGUAUGUGAAAGGAAGAACCAGAAAUUUUUAUGACUGAAAACUGUUUAAUAUAAUGAAUGAAAGAAAUUCUUAGUGUUAGAAACUGUUGUCAAUAUUUUAUUUUGUACAUUUAAACUUUUUAAAUUUAUUUUAUAUUUUUACCUGAAUAAAAGGUGAUGUUUUGUUAUAACGCUGUAAUAGAUGAUGACACUAAAAUGAA